UUGUCCUUCAGUAUUAUUGCAAAAUAUACAUAAUUUUGUUUGGAAUCAAAUUUUGUUUGUUUCUAAAAUUAUAGUACACAAUAAAAAUGGUUAAAAUAAAUAGUGAAUUGUUAAAUUGUUUUUAUUUAUUGGUAAUAAUAGGAUUUGCUAGUGCUGUGAUUCCCGAUUAUAUUCAUGUUUGUAAACGAAAUGAUCCACAAUUCGAAAAAUGUUUAGCAGAAAGCAUAGAAAACCUACGACCAAAAUUAAAAGACGGAAUUCCAGAGCUAGGAGUACCAUCAAUUGAACCGUUAUACAUUCCCGAAAUUGUAGUAAUUGGUCGUGAAAAUUUCCAUGCCGUUGGCAAAGAUGUAUAUGUACAUAACGUUAGUACAGUGCAAAUUCGAGAUAUAAAAGUUGAUCUUCCAAAUCAAAUUUAUAAUGUAAAAAUCUAUUUACCGGAAUUAAAUUUUGAUGCAACAUAUGAAGUAAAUGGUCGUAUUUUAGUCAUUCCAUUAAAAGGAAAAGGACCACUCACUGCUAAGGCAACAAAUAUCAACGCAGAUGCCGUAUUAAAAGGCAAAUUAUACGAAAAAGAUGGUAAAGAAUAUUUAGACUUUGAAACACUAAACUUAAAAUUGAAAAUUGGUGAUUAUGAAGUACAUCUAGAAAAUUUGUUUGGCGGGGAUAAACGAUUGGGUGAAGUUACUGACCAAGCUUUGAAUGAAAAUAGAAGAGAAUUCAUUAAAGCAUUAAAACCAGUUGUAGAAGACACAACUUCAGAUGUUUUAUUGAAAAUAGCAAAAGAAAUUGUGAAAAAUUUCUCUUACGAUGAAUUAUUCCCAACAAAUUAGUAUAAAUUAUUAAAUUAAUAUUGUUAAAUUAAAUGAGAAAUAUU